GGAAAUUAUAAAGUGUCAAUAAUGCUAAUGUUCAUAUAUAUAUAUAUGUCUAUAUAUAUAUAUAUAUAUAUAUAAAUAAAAUACAUUUGGUGCAGAAGACGUGUUUUCUAGCUAGCUUUCAGCUAGUAAAUGAUUGAGUGAUAUAAACACGCAUCAGAAGAGACGUAUCAUUCACACACCAAACUCGUGCAUGCCAAUUGCCCUUCCUCACUCCCAGUCCCAGGCCUGCCCCCUGCAAUCCAGACUAGGUCCCCACUCCCUCGCCCUUAUCUCGUAGGACUCAGUAAUUUAAUCCUCUGGCUCAGGUCACGCCGACUCUAAUUAUUAAACUAAUGCUAAAGCAGCGCAUCACUACCCUACCCUCCCUUCCAUCGUUCUUUACCUACGUACGUCAUCAUCCAUCAAAACUUUAACGUGGGCCCCUGCCCUCCAAUCAUGCAACAGCCCUCACCCUAACCCACCCAGUUUCAACCCCCCCUGCCCAAAAGACGCAAAGUACUCCAGCCCACUGGACCAGAAAUCCCUGCAGUACUGCAGAGAUUAAACAGUUCAUGGGGCACAGUUCUCAUCCUCAUCCUCAUCCCAUCCGCCCAUUCAUCAUCAUUACCCCCAAAGCGAGAGCCUUGAUCUACGGCUCCGAUUUUUUCUGGCGGCAUGGACAUUGGGACCCACUUGUAAAUGGGUAAAUUUCAUCAUGGAGGGGUGCAUGGCAUGGUAAAUAUAAAAUUAAAAUAUAAUAUACCACUUGGGUUAGUCACCAUCAGGGAGACCUUGGUUGUAGCUGGAUUACCACGUCAUCCAGAACCUGACAGCCUGGCUGGCGAGACUCCUUCGCGUUUGACAGCCAACCACUCCGCCCCACGUGGCAGUCUGGGACCCUGACACAUCUGGCCCUACAUCUGUAACCCUCCCUUCUCACGAGCCCGUGUAUAAAUAUCAAGCCCUCUGCAGUCAUCCAUUCCAAUAUUAAGUUUUCUUCUUCAUUUCCAAGCUUCAAACUCACUCUCCCAAUGGGGUUUAUUUACCGUUUUGCCACUAUCUGUUCGUUUCUUCUCCUCUGUUCUUUCUUCUUCUUCCAGCUUUCUUCCUCCGCUCUGGUACAGCAGCAGCCGCUGGUACUGAAAUAUCACAACGGCCCUCUUCUCAAGGGCAAUAUCACCGUUAAUCUCAUCUGGUACGGCCAGUUCAGCCCCGUCCAACGCUCCAUUAUAGUCGACUUUCUCCAGUCCCUCAACUCUCCCCGGCCGCCGCUUCCCUCCGCUGCAUCCUGGUGGAGGACCACCUCGAAGUAUAAGGGCGGCUCCGCUGUCCUCCUCCUCGGCAAGCAAUUCGUCCACGAGGCUUCUACUUUGGGGAAAAACCUCAAGAACUACCACCUCGUAGCUCUAGCCUCCAAGCCCGCUUCCUCCGGCGUCUCCACCGCCGGCCCCUCCAUAAGCAUCGUUCUAACGGCGAAAGACGUCGCCGUCGACGGAUUCUGCAUGAACCGGUGCGGCACCCACGGGUCUACCAGGGGGAAGACCCGAUCCGCCUACAUCUGGGUUGGCAACUCGGAGCUUCAAUGCCCCGGCUACUGCGCGUGGCCCUUCCACCAGCCGAUCUACGGCCCACAAACUCCGCCGCUGGUGGCGCCCAACGGGGACGUAGGCGUCGAAGGUAUGAUCAUUAACCUCGCCACCGUCUUGGCCGGGACCGUCACGAACCCGUUCGCCGACGGGUAUUACCAAGGGCCGCCGAACGCGCCUAUGUACGAGGCGGUGACGGCGUGUACCGGUAUCUUCGGAAAGGGGGCUUACCCCGGCUACCCGGGUGAAGUGCUGGUGGAUAAGACCUCGGGCGCGAGCUACAACGCGCACGGGGUGAACGGGCGGAAGUUUCUGCUGCCGGCGAUGUGGGACCCGCAGACCUCAGCUUGCGCGACGCUUGUGUGAAGCGUGGAAAGAAAAGUAGAAAGGAAUUGUCACGGGGGAUGUAUGUGACAGGAAAUCAAGAGCGUAUGUAAAUACGACAGCGUUUUGAGGUGUGGAAAAAACAAUGGGCUCUUUGAAGAAGCUUCUCGGUUUGCAUGACGUGUAAAUUGUGUUAUAAAAAAGGCUGCAAAUAUUUUUGUGGAAAUAAAUAAUAUUAAUGAUUAUUAAUUGCCAGAAUAUAUAAGUGAUUAUUAUAUAUGAAAUAAGAUGACUCUAUUUUUCUUUC